CAUCACACAGUCAUGUGACACGGCCUGGUGUUCUUGUAUAUAACACAGGCGCUGCAGUGUUAAACAAUCCAGUCAAUGACAGAGAAUGCGCCGUUUUUAAGUGACGAGACUAAUUAUACAGACUUUUGGCUGUGUUCGAACCUAACUCAGUUUAAAGUCAUGGCAUCUAAGAAGUUGUACGACGUCUUCAGUGACAAUUUUCUCACGUGUCACAUCUGUCUUCAUGAGUAUGAGGACCCGCGUGUCCUCCCAUGCUAUCACACUUUCUGCCUAGCUUGUCUUGCCCAGCACGUGGCAGCAAGUGGGUCGGGAGGCAACAUCAAAUGUCCAGUGUGCCUUCAGGAGGCGCCUGUUCCACCAGGUGGGAUAGAGAAACUUGUCCGUAACUUCUUUUUGUCCAAGGUGAAGGACUUCAUGUUGACAACAGAGAAUAAAGACAAAAUGUGCGGUAACUGUGACUCACAGGUUGCUCAAUUUUACUGUCAAGAUUGCAGACAUUUUUUAUGUGAGAACUGUCGACAAAAACAGCAUGACGCAAUAAAAAUUCUGCGGGGACACAAAAUUAUAUCAGCGUCUGAUCACGAUAAGCAAGUCCAGGAAGAAAUGGACGCUAGACUAUUUUGUGAUAAACACAAAGGACAACAGUUAAUCUUUUAUUGCACUGAUGACGAUGUUGUUGUGUGUCGUGACUGUAUUCUCACCAAACACAACAAACACAACUGUGUAGACAUUGCAGAUGUAGCAAAAAUCCAUAAAGAAAAAAUAAAUAGUGCCUUUAAUCAUUUAUCUAAGAACAUUGCACUGUUUGAAAAAGCAGAGUCAGAAAUAUCUAAGCAACAGAAAUAUACAACUGACGUCGUAAACAAAACGGUGACCGACAUACAACAACAGGAGGCGGAUAUUAUAAAAGAGGUUCAGCGUAUUUCUGCUCAGUUGAUAGCAGAAGCAAAAGACCACGCCGCAACGCACAUGAAGUCACUCGAGGCUGAGAAAGAUCGCGUUCAACUACAGAAAGUAUCCAUCCACAGCACAUGUGAGUUUGCCAAACAGCUUGUUCAACAUGGCUCCCACACGGAGGUGAUGACACACGCUAAAAAUAUCCAAGCAAGGAUGAAAGAACUAAACAAUGUCAGACCCACCGUACAGGUAAAAACAAUAGAGAUCACUUUCAGUAAAGGAAAACUUCCAGCGGACUUCUUUGGUCGUGUGACCAUGUUAGAAUGGAUAGAUGAGUUUGAAAGCAGUAUGAAGAAUGUAUGGGACAUAUCGUGCAGUCAAAGUGGAACAAUAUAUUUAGUUUCUGUUAUAUCGUGUAAACUUACAGCAAUAUCACCAUCUCAUGAGGUGAUAUUUCAGGUUGAUGUACCAAGUCCCAGGGGUGUCACCGUGCUCAGUGAUGACAGACUGGUGGUUACAUGCCGGGAUGGAUGCCGAGUGUAUUCUUCCUCCGGGAAACAUGUCAAAACAUUUGGUCAGGGUGACAUGUCCUACCCCCAGGGUGUUACACUGGACAACAAUGGACACAUACUUGUCUGUGACAUGAACAAUAAAUGUAUCUGUGGGUAUGACGCUGUGCAGUACAAUCUUAUCAAUAAGAUUGGUAUUCCUAUGUGUAAUAAUCCACGAUACAUUGCAGUGCUCCCAUGUCGUGACACCAUUGUGGUGAGUGACAGUGAUGGACACUGUGUAUAUGGAGUGACCCCCCAGGGUGAUGUAGUUUUCCAGUAUGGUACACCAGGUGAGGAAGGCUCAGGUGAUGGAUACCUGAACUACCCCUGGGGAGUGUGUACAGACAGCGUGGGGCACAUCUUCAUUGCUGACCAGUGGAAUCACAGGGUGGUUGUUCUGACCUCAGAUGGUCAACUGUUGAGAUACGUGGUGGGUCCAGAACAGGUUUCAGCACCAGCAGGUGUGGCCAUUGAUAUUAAAGGACAGCUUGUAGUGGGAAUGUAUGGAGGCAAGGUGAAAACAUUUCGCUAUGUUUAUUAACUACAAGUUAAGUAGUAUAUCAGACGUUAUCAGGCAACAGCAUUUUUACAACAAAAAGAGAGAAAAAUUACAGCGAAACUUUGUGAACAUACUUGUAGAACACAUAAUUAUGGACAUUUUUGAAAUUUUAACUGUUAUAUUGGAAGGUGAUGGUUUAAAAACUAUUAGUUAUACGAUAAUGUAGAAGCGGGAAAGUAAAAUUAUUCAUUGUGUACCUUAAUUCUGUAAGCUAACCAAUUUCAUGUCGAGGUUCUAAAGUGACAACAAAACAAAUUUAACUAUUAUUUUUUCACUCUUUUUUUUUUUUGCACUUUUACAGUCAAGAAAUACUACUGUAUAAUGAAGUUAAAAUCUUUUAUUUGAGCAAUGACAUAGUUUUAUAUGUUUCUAAAAAAAGGACACAGUACGACAAUUGCAAGUGAUUUUACCUUCAUUGAAUCAAAGGUUCAUGUAACAAGCUUCCACGAUCUCUUGUAUUCUUGUAAAUAAAUGCUUUUAAAAAUAUCGUCAGUAAUACCAGUAUUUACCGUGAGACCAGCAGGAAUAUUGUGAGAGUAACAUUAUGCUUUUACCUCCAUCUCGCCGCAAUAUCAGCAUGAAGGCGGAUACAAGUCACCGUUAUCACGUACGUCCCACGUACCACGUACCACGUACGUCUCAUACACUACGCGUAGAUCAGCUACUUGGAC